AGCUCGGCUGCCACCACCCUCCAACAGAGACUGUGGCUGCUCUCUAACCUCACCCCCACACUCUUGGGGCAGUACCUGGGCCGCCCAGCCGGCCUUCCGGCUCAGGCCUCCGCGCCGCGCUCCCCCGCACAGCGCCUGCGCAAUGGGCAGCAGCGGCACUCCAGCAAACGCGAGAAACUGCGCAUGCGCACUCUCGCCCGCGCCCUGCACGAGCUGCGCAGCUUCCUGCCGCGGUCCGUGGCACCCACCGGUCAGAGCCUGACUAAGAUCCAGACGCUGCGCCUGGCCACAUGCUACGUCGGCCAUCUGUCGGCCGUGCUGGGCCUCAGCGAGGAGAGCCUUCAGUGCCGGUGCCGACGGCACAGAGACGUGGCGUUCACUCGUUCCUGCCCGCUCUGCUGGGACGGCGGCUCCGCGCAGGCGCAGGUGCAGGUGCUCUGCUCCGGCCUGAGCUCAGCCGCCGAAGUCGGGGAGUCCUGGGGGUGUCCGCCUGCCUGCUUCGGAGCCCAGGUAGCUCCCAAGCCGCGCGACCUGCUGGUGCUCUACGUCCCUGCGACAUAUUGCGAAGGGCUGACAGUGGAACCGUGCCCAUCCCCUCUGCUCUUUUCUGGCGACGUGCUGGCCCUCCUGGACACCUGGAUGCCUCUCUCGCCUCUGGAGUGGCUGCUGGCCUGAGGAACCCACGUGACAGCGGACAGCUGGUGUCCUUCUGUCAGUGAGCAGAGGCUUUUUGGUUUCAGCACCUUGUAAAUGGUUACUCUUAAGACUGCCUUUCCUGGAAGAGGUCGCCGCAAUACAGGCAUCGACGUUUGUGUGGGUGACAGCCGGUGCCACCCAGGACUGCCUUCCUGAACCCUUCCCUUGAUGGUAGGACCCAUGGGUAGACACUUUGAAGUAGGUGGGAGUCUCUGCCUAGUGUGAAUUUAUUUAUUUGUGAAUAAAUCGCGCUGGUGUUGGCAAUUUCUU